CUUCUGCAAGCUGAGGAAAGAAGUUUCAUAAACAACAUGUCUGGAAGAGGUAAAACCGGAGGUAAAGCCCGCGCUAAAGCGAAGUCUCGUAGUUCUCGUGCUGGGCUGCAAUUCCCGGUCGGCCGUGUGCAUCGUCUCCUGCGUAAAGGCAACUAUGCUGAGAGGGUAGGUGCUGGUGCUCCCGUGUACCUAGCCGCUGUGCUCGAGUACCUUACCGCUGAGAUCCUCGAGUUGGCGGGAAACGCUGCAAGAGACAACAAGAAGACUCGCAUCAUCCCUCGCCAUCUUCAGCUGGCCGUCCGUAACGAUGAGGAGCUGAACAAACUGCUCGGCGGAGUGACCAUUGCCCAAGGUGGUGUUCUCCCCAACAUCCAGGCCGUGCUUCUGCCCAAGAAAACUGGCCAGGCUGUUCCUAGCGCCGGUAAAUCGGGAAAGAAGGGUUCUUCUCAAUCACAGGAGUUUUAAGAGCAAUGCUGAACUGAGUUAAUGCACCCAAAGGCCCUUUUAAGGGCCACCCAAGUUGUCCGAAAAAGAGCAAAUCCCAUAUGUCUGAAUUAUCUAGUCUGUAUGGAGCCUUUUUAACGUUACCUGUGUUUUUUUUUUUUUUUUUU